GCUCGAAUCAAAUCCUCUAUUCCUCUGCAUAAUUGCAAUACAUUUUUUUCCUCUCAAUGUCAAUUUCAUCUGAACAUCCAGGCAAAGGUCGUAAAUAGAAGAAGCGGAGUCAUGGAAGAUAAUACAUCCAAUCUCAGAAAGACAGAAACAACACCUUCCAGAAGCCGAUUUAUAUGCACGCAUUGAGACAGUGUCUUAUGGAAGUUAGGUGUACCGAUGAUUAUGGGUCCAGCGCAGAGCUGUAUGAAACGUCUUUCUUUCAACCAGUAGCAAAAGCUCUUUGCCUUGGAGGUGUUGUGCAUACACAAGCUGAAAGCAUAUGGCUUCACAUGCGCAUAACUGAAUUAUAGUGGCAAAAUGCCGCUACAGUGUCAAAGGCCCAAUCAACUAUGAUUGGAUGACAGUUCCCACAUAUCCGAGGUUCAUUUCCUCCGUGCAAUAUAUUCCUUGGAAAAUGCUUAGUGUACAUGAGUUGUACACCAGUUGUACACAAAACCCCCCUAGUUGUCUGUGUACACAGGCAAUGUACACAUUUUGUGUACAACUUGUGUACACCAAGAAUGAUCCAUAUUCCUUAGAUGAUAAUGUUGUAUUGUUGUCUACUAUCAUGUUACUUUAUAUCUGACUUUCUAUUUAAUUCAUCCCAAACCAAUGUCAACUUUUACAAUCAAAACCUAAUGAGCUUUUUGAUUUUAUGUUUAUUUUUCCUUAUAAUACAAUAAUUUACUAAUUAUAUCCAACCUGCAUAUCAACAUGUUUUUUCCAGACCCAAACAGUUUCUCAAUGGAUCAAGGCUCAACUUUUGAGGACACUAAAUUUUCUGAUCUAUUAUGUAGCUUUUACAGGUUCAUUUAAUGCACCUCUGAAAACAAGCAGUUUACUUUCAGUACACAUCGGAAGGCUAUAGUUCAGGGUUUCAAUUUCCAGUGGUAGUAUUUAUACAAAUGUAGUCAUCUUUACUCUAUGUUGGCUAGUAUUUAUACAAACAUAGACUUUUAUCCUUAAGGUAAGCGUUUGUCUAAUUAUAGACUUCGGCCCCUAAGGUUAUGUUUGGGAGUUUGAAGGGAAGAAGAGGGGAAGGUUUUCAAGGUUAGUCAUUGGGAGGGAAGGGGAGGGAAACCAUUCUUCUUGUGUGGGAGUAACAAGUUUGAAAAGAUAGGGGUUUUGGAUGAAUUAUAAUUAAAAUCAAUUCACAUAUAUGACGAAUUCAAAUAAUUGAAUUUAUAUUUAUUUAAAAGUGAGCUAAAGUUGUCAUUUAAUUAGCUAUCCUUCAAAAUCCCCCAAUUUGGGAGAACUUAAAAAUUGAGCAUUUGAAGGGAUUUGGAGUGUUACAAAACCCUCCAAAAUCAUCCCCUCCAUAUAUUUUAACUCCCAAACAUGAAAGGGAGGGUCAUAAACCCUUCUCAAUCAUCCCCUCCCCUCCAAACCCCAACUCCCAAAUAUACCCUAAAGGAAGGGUUCGCUACUAUGAAUUUUAAAGCUGCUACGUGAAUUAUAGUAGCUGAGUGACUAAUGAUUGUACUAUUGUUGUGCUAAUUUUGAUAAAAGAAGAUGUGAAUAUAUUAAAAAAAAUCUUUCAAUGGAAAUAAUGUAGCUGAUUGUCUCAUGGGUAUUUGUUUUUCAAUUGGCUGUGAUUGAUGGUUAGUUUAAAUUUUGAUAUUUAUCUUCUUUUGGAACAGGUUGCACAAAUGCCCUGUUAGGGACCUAUAGAAAAUAUUAAUAAUUAGAAUAAGUCGUAAUAAGGUCUCGGGGUUAGUUAGUUGUCAUAAUAUAGUAACUGCUGGCAGUUACAUAGCAUACUAUAAAUAGAAGUAGAAGGGAUUGUAAAAGCAUGCUGAAAAUUCAUUUGUAAAGUGAACGCUAUGUUGCCUGAGGCCAUCGGCCAAACUGUAGCCUGAGUAAUAAAGUUGCCCCUUGUUUCUUGAUUCCUUUGUGUAUUCUGUUAGAACUUUUCUGCAGAUUCUAACAUUGGUAUCAGAGCCUAUCGAUCACGGUGAAUGGUAGUGACGAGAACCAAGAUGGAAGCCAGAAUGAAUGAAUUGGAUGAAAAGAUGGAAAGAUCGCGACAGGAGACUAGAGAUAUGUUCGCGGCUCUUCAGGCAUCGAUCGCCCGAUUGGAAUCGCGAGGAGAAAGUAGAUCGCGUAGCAGGUCGCACGCUUCGCAUCGAUCUUCGCACCGAUCAUCGCGACCUUCAUCGCUUCAGUCAACGCGACCGUCAGCGAAGCAUCAUUCGAAGAAAUCGAUGGACAGUUCCGACAGUUCAGAUAGUCAACCGGAGUACGCAUCAACUCGCCAACAUCAUCAACCUCGCCAACAUCAACAGACGCACAGGAAGGUUGAUUUACCUCUAUUUCAAGGUGAAGAUGCUUUUGGAUGGCUUGUGAGGAUCGAACGUUAUUUUCGCCUCAAUAACACGGAAGAGGAAGAAAAAAUCGAAGUGGCAGUAGUUGCCAUGGAAGGAAAGGCGCUGGGAUGGAUUCAAUGGUGGGAAAAACAAGCUAGAGAAAGGAAUUGGGAAAAAUUCAAGAAAGCAAUGAUUAGGAGAUUUCAACCAGAGCUCAUUCAAAAUCCAUUGGGGCCUUUGUUGAGUCUGAAGCAAAGAAAUUCUGUACAGGAGUACAGGGAACAAUUUGAAAAAGCUAUUGGAUCGCAAGAGAAUUUGGACAGAAAGGUAAUGAGAGCUAUAUUUCUGAAUGGAUUAAAGAAGGAUAUUAGAGCAGAAAUGAAGCUGUAUAAGACCAAAGAUCUGGGGAAAAUAAUGGAUAAGGCACAGGUGAUUGAGGAUAAGAAUGAAGAAAUACUGUCAAGAAGAAAUAAAGAAGAGGGUAAAAGACCAUGGAAGAACAUUACAAUUAAAGGAAGCAGUUUUCAUAAAGGGGAGGAAGGGAUAAGAAGUGGCAGUAAUCCAAUUCUUACACAUUCUGCUGGUGAAGGUUCCAGUUCUGGGAAAACAGGCCCCAGAUUAUCCCAACAAGAAGUAAUGGAAAGGAGUAAGAAAGGUUUAUGCUUCAAGUGUGGCGAAAACUGGAAUAGGGGGCAUAUCUGUAAGAUGAAAAAUUUCAGAAUGGUUUUGAUGGAACUUUCUGAAGGAGAGGGAGAAACUGAAGUGGAGGACAGCAUUUCUGAAGAAGAGGGACCUCACCCUGAACUCAAAUCAUUGAAAUUAUCUGUGCUCAACAAUGAAGAUAUACAGUCUUGGAGAACUUUUAAGGUAAUAGGAUUACUAAGCUGGUUUUCAGGAGACAAACCAGUAAAGGUCCUCAUUGAUUGUGGUGCUUCCAACAAUUUUAUCUCACAGAAAUUGGUGGAUGAGUAUAAAAUUCCUUUCCAUCAAAUCAAAGGUUAUAGGGUCCAGACUGGUAAUGGAGAGUUCAUUUCCAAUAAUGGCAGAUGUAUGGGGCUGAAAUUAGAUGUUCAAGGGAGUGUAAUCCAACAAGUUUUCUACAUACUAGAGCUAGGAGGGAUAGAAUUGGUGCUAGGCAUGGAAUGGUUAACUCAAUUGGGAAAUAUGGCAAUCAAUUUCAAACACCAGUCCAUCAUGUGGAAGCAAGGGAAUCAGAUUUGCUCCAUAAAAGGGGAUAUACUUCUGAAUGAAAAAGAUGUUUCUAACACAAUCAAUGCGCAGAUUCUGCACCCAACUAUGGAGAGGUAUCUACUGUAUGGUGAAGAGAAUGAGCAGGGGCAGAACAUGGAACAAGAGACUUUUGAUCUUAAUAUCCAGCCCAAGAAAGAAGCUGAAUUUGUAUCUUCAUUCACAAUUGGUGGUUCAGUUCCCAGGUUGCUUCACAAUAGCAGGGAGGUUCAGGAAACACCUGUGAAUUGGCAAGACAGAAUGAUGAAGUUUCUCUUUCAGAAAUUUGUGAAAUAUUGGGAAGGCAGGAGCGCUAGGAUGAAGAAGAAAAAGGAUCUUGUGGCUGCUACCUUUCGUCCACCUUGAGGGCAAGGUGGAUGUUCAGGAGGGGAGAUUUGUUAGGGACCUAUAGAAAAUAUUAAUAAUUAGAAUAAGUCGUAAUAAGGUCUCGGGGUUAGUUAGUUGUCAUAACUAUAGUAACUGCUGGCAGUUACAUAGCAUACUAUAAAUAGAAGUAGAAGGGAUUGUAAAAGCAUGCUGAAAAUUCAUUUGUAAAGUGAACGCUAUGUUGCCUGAGGCCAUCGG